AUGCAACAGAGAAGAAAGAGGCAGGCUUCAAAGAGCAUGUGUUUCAACAAACACAGCGUGAGCAAUCCCUCCUCCACCUCAACUCCCUCCUCCCCCUCAACUCCCUCCUCCACCUCAACUCCCUCUCCCUUCUCAAUUCCCUCCCCCUCAACUACCUCCUCCCCCUCAACUCCCUCUUCCUCCUCAGCUCCUUCCACCACGUCCACCUCUUCCUCCACCUCAACUUCAGCUCCCUCCUCUACCACCUCAACCCUUUCCUCCAGCUCAGCUCCCUCUUCUACCUCAGCCCCCUCCACCUCAACUCCCUCCUCCACCUCAACUCUCUCCUCCACCUCAACCCCUUCCUCUACCUCAACUCCCUCCCUCACCCCAAUUCCUCCUUCCACCUCAACUUCCUCUCCCAUCCCAACUCCCUCCUCCACCCCCAUUUCCUCCUCUAUCCCAACUCCCUCCUCCAUUCCAAGCCCUUUCUCUACCCCAACGUUUUCCUCUACCUCCACCCCAACUUCCUCUUCCACCUCCAGCCCAACUCCCUGUUCCACCUCAAUCCCUUCCUCCACCUCAACUCCCUCCCCCACCUCAACUUCCUCCACCACCCUCAACCCCACUCCUCCUCCUCCCAACCCAACUCCUUCCCCAAACUGA